GCUCUGUAUCAGCGGUGCCGGUUGUCAUUUGGCGUGAGAGUGGAGGUUUUUUUUUUCUUAUACAGAGGCGACUGUACACUGAAUUGAACCGGCGUUUGUGAUAUAGGUGCUGUUAUCUGGAAGGAAAUGUCCGACCAACAUGUGAUCAAAUAUUAACAGGGCUGGUUUGGCAAAUACACGUGACAAGACGCGGGGAAGCAGCAGAGUAAAAAAAAAAAGGCAGUUUAAAGUGGGCACUCAGACAAAAGUAUAUAGAUAUUUUCUUGGCCCCUCAUAGUUACCCUGGCUGUGUUAUGCUUUCAGCACGUUGGACAGAGGCACCGGAGUCGUGCAUGGACUAAACCGCCGAGUGGACGCCAACUCUCUUUCUCUCUUUCCCCAGCCCCCCUUUGCCAAACCUGGGAUUGUUUUUUCAACUUUUGUUCCACCAGGUUAGAAGAGUGAUGACCAUCCUGUUCCUUACUAUGGUUAUUUCAUACUUCAGUUGCAUGAGAGCUGCGCCCCUGAGAGACGCCCCGGGCAUGCGGGGCCAUCGGACGGAAGGCUACUUGGGCGCUGCUGCGACGGCCGCACGAGGCCAUGGGACUCCACAGAGUGGUGGUGGGCCAGGCCAGCGCGGGGAACUGCCCUCACUCACAGACACGUUUGAGCAGGUGAUAGAGGAGCUGCUGGAGGUGGAGGGAGAGGCGGCACAGCUGGGACAGGGGGCUGAUAAGAGCCAGGGAGGUGGGGGCCCGUCCUCUGUGGUCGCCGCAGACACCAAGGAUGUCGACCUGUACGACUCGCGGGUGAUGAUCAGCAACCAAGUGCCUUUGGAGCCGCCGUUGCUCUUUCUCCUGGAGGAAUACAAAAACUAUCUGGAUGCCGCUAACAUGUCCAUGAGGGUGCGGCGACACUCCGAUCCCUCGCGGCGCGGAGAGCUCAGUGUGUGUGACAGUAUUAGCCAGUGGGUGACAGCUGUGGAUAAAAAGACGGCAAUAGACAUGUCUGGGCAGACAGUUACCGUCAUGGAAAAGGUCCCUGUCCCCAAUGGCCAACUGAAGCAAUACUUUUAUGAGACCAAAUGCAACCCCAUGGGGUACACAAAGGAGGGCUGCAGAGGAAUAGACAAGCGGCAUUAUAAUUCCCAAUGCAGGACAACCCAGUCCUACGUGCGAGCGCUUACCAUGGAUAGCAAAAAGAAGAUUGGCUGGCGGUUUAUAAGGAUAGACACUUCAUGUGUAUGCACAUUGACCAUUAAAAGAGGGAGAUAGUGUAUAAAAUGUAUAGAUUUUAUUGAAGAGUUUAAAAAAAGAGAAUAAAGAGAAAAUAUCUAUUUGUAUAUAUACAUAACAGGGUAAAUUAUUCCGUCAAAUGAAAAUUUUAUGGACUGCAUGUAAAAAAAGAUGAAGUUUAUACAGUAAAAGUGAUACUACAGUCUAUUUAUUGAACAUAUUCAUGACCUUGUAAACAAUUAAAAAAAAUCUGAUCAGU